CGACUGUCAGGAGAUAGCUGGGGUGGCAGGCACAUGGGGGGAAAGGGGCUUUUUCUCUGUGGGCCAACCUGGAAAAAGCCAUGUAAGAUCCCUGGCUUCUCAAGACUUUAAACAAAAUAAGAAUAAUUCGAUUUAUAUCCAAAAUUUGUAACUUAUUCUGGAGGAUAACUGGGUGAAAUCGACGGAUCCUAAGAAGAAGACGACACUGGAGUAAAAAGAGGAUUUUUAAAAAAUAAAAUAAAAGCAAAAUAAAGUUUGCAGUGCGCCCCGGAGCUUCAUGGACACGCUCAGAAAUCCCCAAACCACCUGCAGAAGACGAAUCCCCCCACACAAGUUGAGCACCAAGGAUAUCUCCAAUCAGUUUUGAUGUCAGGUGAAGGUGAAGUGAGACUGACGGAGGUUUUAUCUUUAGCCAGGUAACCGGACUAACACACAGCUUUUUUUACUUUCUGAUCGGGGUUGCGGCUUAUUUGGGGGCUGAGGCAUGAGUGGAGGUCGCUUUGAGUUUGACGACGGCGGAGCGUAUUGCGGAGGCUGGGAGGGAGGCAAAGCCCACGGCCAUGGCAUCUGCACCGGACCCAAGGGCCAGGGGGAGUUCUCCGGCUCCUGGAACUACGGCUUCGAGGUGGUGGGAGUCUACACCUGGCCCAGUGGGAACACCUACGAGGGGUACUGGUCGCAGGGGAAGCGUCACGGUCUGGGAGUAGAAACCAAAGGACACUGGAUUUACAAAGGGGAAUGGACUCAUGGCUUCAAAGGCAGAUACGGGAUCCGGAUCAGUGCUGGCAGUGGAGCAAAGUAUGAAGGGACGUGGAAUAAUGGGCUUCAGGAUGGAUAUGGAACAGAAACAUACGCUGAUGGAGGUACUUUCCAGGGUCAGUUCACUGGUGGGAUGCGGCACGGCUACGGGGUCCGUCAGAGCGUCCCGUAUGGCAUGGCAGCAGUUGUCCGCUCCCCUCUUCGUACCUCCUUGACCUCCCUUCGCAGCGAGCACAGCAACGGCACUGUGCUACAGCAAGACAUCCCCGUCAUCACCACCACCAACGCCUCAGGUGAGGAGACACCCGUCGCUACCCCCACCCAGCUGGGACCGUCCCGCGGAGGCUUCGCCCUCACUCUCCAGGUGGACCCAGAGGCCGUGAAACCCAAGAAGAAGGGCCUGUUUCGGAGGGGAUCCCUGCUGGGGAAGCUGAAGAAGUCUGACUCAAGUACCUCGCUGUCCAGCCAGAAGAGCAAGAUCAGCUUCCUGAGGACAGAAUCAGCUCUGAGCUCCAACGCCAGCGACACCAACUCCACCAUCAGCAUCGGGGAUGAGAGCCUGGCCGGAGCCGAGGAUUUCCCCCCAGUGGAGGCUGACAUCGACGCCACCACGACAGAGGUCUACAUGGGCGAGUGGAAGAACGACAAACGCUCGGGAUAUGGAAUAAGCGAAAGAUCCAGCGGGCUGAAGUACGAGGGCGAGUGGCUGAACAACCAGAGACACGGCUACGGCUGCACCACCUUCGCCGAGGGAGGGAAGGAGGAGGGCAAGUACAUGAACAACAUGCUGGUGAAGGCCAUGAAGAAGAGGGUGAUCCAGCUGAAGGGAACCAAGAUCAAGCAUAAGGUGGAGCGGGCGGUGGAGGGCGCUCAGAGGGCCGCGGCCAUCGGCAAGCAGAAGGCAGAAAUCGCUGCUUCCAGGACGACCCAUGCAAAGGCCAAGUCAGAUGCAGCUGAACAGGCAGCCCAGGCCUCCAACAGUGAGUCCAGCAUCGCCAGACUGGUGGCCAAAGAGCUCUCCCCGUCCUUCUACCAGCCAGGUCCUGAGUAUCUGAAGAAACGGGUGUUACAGGAGGUCGCGGAGGGCAGUGAGAACACAGACACUGUCAUGCACGAGCCGCUGCUGGCUGAGGAGGAGCCCCUGCCCACUCCACCCGAAAGCCCACUCAUGAAUGAACUGGACAGCCUCAUGCCUGGCUCAUCCCCAGGCCGCACCCCCUCCCCCAGCCGAGGCAUCAUCAGCAAGGAGGACCCCAAACUCCUCAGUCCAGGAAGCUGGAACGAAGACAAAACCAGUAAAGGUGGGGGCAGUAAGGGCAGCAGUAAAACCAACAGCAGGCCCAACAGUCGCCCCACCACCCCUUCAACCUCCGUUUCUGCUCCUGCCCCGACCGCACCUGAGGGUGGAGGAGCCCCCGGCAGUCGCGGCCCCUCUCGCACCCCCAGCCGUCAGAGCAACAAGAACGAGCAGGGCUCUGACCUGGAGAUCAAGCCCCUGCAGAAGUUUGACUCCGAGGCAAAAGCUCCAGACGUUGCUGCUGCUGCUGCUGCUGCUGCCCCUGUAAGGAAUAGCCUCAUCGCUCCAGAUGAAGAAGAAGCACCGCGCCCCACCUCCAGAGUGCCCUCGAAAGCGUCCCUAAAGGCUGUCACCCCCGAGCCUAAACCCGCCGAGGUCAAAACUGAAAGAGCUCCAUCGGUCCACGAACGUGUGCCGUCCGUCUCUGUGGAGUCCAGGGAGGUGAGCAGGCCCUCCAGCAAGACAGAGACAAAGCCUUUACCAAAACGGCAGCCCAGCCCAGCUCCGUCCCCAAGACCUGCUCCCAAUCUUGAACCUAAGACAGUACCAAAGCAAGUGGAAGCCAAAGCCAUUGUUGCCAAACCAGCCCCAAAGGUGGAUCCCAAAGCAGAAGCCAGGCUCAAGGCCGCAGUGUCGAGCCCAAGCAGUGAGGUGACUGCAGAGUCUUUGGAGCUGGAGGGCCCAAACACCAUAAUGAUCUGCAUGGUUAUCCUGCUCAACAUCGGCCUGGCCAUUCUCUUCGUACACAUUUUGUCAUGAGACAUCGUCCACCUCCUCAGGUCACCAGCUGUGUUGGAGAGAGACGGCCUGCCUCCUCCUCAGUUUGGACCCGAGAUCAGAGCGACCGCUGAGGAUUUAAAGAAGCCUCGUUCAGACAGCCGCAAGCUCCUCUAAAGGUUUUUGUUGGUGUGACUGUGUGAGGCUCUGUGAAGCUCCUCUCUUCCCAGAGGUUUGACAAAACUGAAGGACACUUGAGUGACUGAAACGAUUCAGUACAUCUGAAUAUGAAUAUGAGGAUGUUUGUAUGUUAAAGUCAGGGCGGAGGGUGGGUGGGUGGUGGGUGGUGGGGGGGGGCCGGAGGGGAGAGUAUGUUCUCGGUGCUUACACUGGAGAUUCAGGGUGGCGCUCAAGAAGUCUCAGUUCAACUUCAAUCACAGUGUGUCACAAGUGUGUCGACAUUUUACAACAAUGGAGAAAAAAAAGGCUUUUUAACUCAACCGUUAUCUGGCACACGCUGGCUGGCUCGCACAACACCGAAUCAGACAGAGUUAGACUACUUCAGUAGAUAAUUAUGUUUUUGUCACGACAUACGUUUGUUUGUAUUUUGUAAUCGCCGGCUGAAGGAAUGUUGAUAACAUAUGCAGACUGAAUUUUCUCUCCACUAUACCCUUUAAACUUGAUCGUUGAGACACGAAGACAACUGCAGCAGACGUGUGAAAGCUUAGGGAGUGCUGAACUGUAACUGUCGUUGUUUUAAUUAUCUGCAAUGGGAUUAAAAAAGCUGAAUAAGAUUCAUUAGUUGGAGUCUGAAAUGUGCGCGUCAGUCGUAUCAAGUAGCUGUAAAGAUACUGUAAUCCAAUGCUACUGUAAAGCCAGGUUAUUGUUUUCAUCUUGUUGCUCUUCACUCUCUUAAAGAAAAGACUCAUGACUCACAUUUCAGCUAAUUAUUGCGCCCUGCAAAAAAAUCUGUAUUUGAGACUGUGGUGUACUUACACUGUGAAACUUUCUAUUUUCACUGGGAUUUAUAUGCAUUUAUUGUCAUUCUGCUGCUUUUGUUUGGGAGCUGAUAAACCAAAUAAUGAAGAAAAAAUAGGAAGCUUAUGAGUGUCACUGCUGUUGUGUAUGUACUGUAUGUCCACUGUAUGGAGGGUGGGGGUGGGGUGGGGGGGUUAAAUGAGAGUUGUGUAUGUUUUGUAAUAGGAUAAGCAGGUAAAAACCGGAGGCUGGGAUUUAUCUUAUUUAAAACAAUCACUGUACGUAGUAGGAAGGUUGCUCAAUCUCCGGAUGUAUAUGGAUAUACAGCAGGAGGUUGGGUUGGGAUGUGUUUGCCUGUGAGCUAGUGUAACCUUCUUGGUUUCAUGUAUGUUUCAGUGUCCACACUGUUCCACCGCAUUAUAUUCAGGGCCUGUUGUGCUUUAGAGCCAAAUGCGAGUUCAACUUUUGUACGCAUGAGGGCACUUUGCGUGUCUGUAUUUUUGUACCGUUUUGAAGUGCACAUCUUUUCAGCAAUCAAAAUAUUCUCUUUUUUUUUUGUCAGAAGAAAUAUGCAAACCCUAAAUUUAUUUAUUUCCCAAAGGAGUCGGAUUACCUCGUGAUUGUGAGAUGGAGAAAAAAAUAUAUAAAAGGUUCUUAACUCCAUGUCUUACAUUGAGAAGAGCACUCUCCAGAUGUGCUGUUUAAUAUUUCUCCAUUGUUCUUCUAGCUGUUAAUUAAUACACAGGUUUUAAAAAGAACAAAAGGGGGUGUUUAGCUGAGAUUGUUUUGCCUUUGAGUUUGCAAAUUAACCCAGAGGCCACUGGUUGUGCGUUGUUUUCAAGCCAAAAUCUCCCCCAGAUAGUUUAUGAAUACAUGAAUCAAUAACAGAAGAGACACACUGACAGUUGAACUCAAUGCUAAGUGCAAUAAACAGUAUCCAUAUAGGCCAGUUUCAUGUAGAAGCCAUUUUGUUUUGUCUGUUUUUGGUGCGUUUAAUGAAAUCAAAAUAACAUUGCAGAAUUUGAAUAAAUGCAAUUGUGUAACCAAACAAAAUUACAAAAGCUGAAAUUAAAUAAAAACUUUUACAACA